GCUUCCUCCCUCCAACUUGCAUAGGUCUUUCUCUCUAAUUCCUCAGCAUGAUCUAUCUCUCUGCCAUUUCUUUUUAUCUUUUUUGGCAUUCUCUAUCUAACCCUUUCUCCUCUCAUCUCCUCUUCUUCAUCUCUAUGUGUUUCACCAUGGCAGGACCCAACCAAGGAGAAGUCAUGUGGCCGAGAUUGGUAGCUAACAAGAUCCUUAGGAAGAGAUUGGGAAGCAACAACUUUGUCGCUGAUUUUCCAAACAGCACAGAUGCUAAUUCGCUGGAAAUUCCAAACUUGGGUCGACCAGCUUUGAACGCUGACAGCAUCUUCAAUCAUCACAGGGACACACACAACUACAAGGUUUUUGUUAGCACGUGGAAUGUUGGUGGGAUUGCACCAAGUGAAGAUUUGGAUAUGGCGGAUUGGCUUGACACCCCAAACGUCUGCGACAUUUAUGUUCUUGGGUACAUAUCUACGUGUAUAUUUCAUAAUCUUACUUUGUGGUCAGCUAGAUUCUAUCUGAGAUUCCAACUUAUAAUUUGCAGGUUUCAAGAGAUUGUGCCGCUUAGAGCAUCGAAUGUUCUUGGUUCAGAGAAUAAUAAGAUUUCCAUGAAAUGGAAUUGCUUGAUUAGAGAAGCAUUGAACAAGAAGGUUCAAUGCUGCCGGGGAGACGACGAAGACCCGCCCCAGAUAAACAUUGAUCCGCUAGAGAAAAGAAAGAAUCUACUGCCACCCAUUAAAGAUGAAAGGGCAAUUGAGGGCACCAUUAGCAAUACUCCUCAAGAUUUCCACUGCAUUAUUAGCAAGCAAAUGGUGGGAAUAUUAAUAUCAGUUUGGGUUCGAAGUGAUCUUCGUCCUUAUGUCCGGCAUCCUAAUGUCUCUUGUGUUGGCUGUGGCAUUAUGGGUUGCCUUGGCAAUAAGGGUUCUGUGUCAGUUAGAUUUCAGUUGCAUGAAACAAGCUUCUGCUUUGUGUGCAGUCACCUAGCAUCAGGGGGUAGAGAAGGAGAUGAAAAGCAUAGAAACUCAGAUGCCUCCGAAAUAUUGUCGCGAACAAGUUUCCCUAGAGGCCCUUCACUUGAUUUGCCAAGAAGGAUUUUAGAUCACGAUCGUGUGAUUUUGCUUGGAGAUUUAAAUUAUAGAAUUUCAUUACCAGAAGAAACAACUCGAUUAUUGGUGAAUAGAAAAGAAUGGAACACUUUGUUAGAAAAUGAUCAGCUGAGGAUGGAGCUCAUGAAUGGUCAAGCAUUUGAAGGUUGGCAAGAAGGAAUAAUUAAAUUUGCCCCUACUUACAAAUACUGCCCUAAUUCUAAUGUAUACUUCGGAUGCCUCGAAGGCAAAAAGAGUGAAAAGAGCCGUGCUCCAGCAUGGUGCGACCGGAUUAUAUGGUACGGGGAGGGAUUAAAGCAACAUUUAUAUGGCAGAGGUGAAGCAAAAUUGUCUGAUCACAGACCAGUUAAGGCAAUAUUUUCUGCAGAAGUUGAGGUUCUUCAAACAUUGAAAGGACUUCAACAGUUCUUCCUGUCGGAGAGAUUUGAUCAAAUAACAAACAAGUUCGACGACAUGCCGUCUUCCCAAAAAUUUCUAUGUAAAAGCAGAUUAAGCUUCAAGAUAUAAAGACAUAUACAUACAAGCAUAGUUAUAAAAUUAAUUAAGUCGUGUAAUGUAUAAUAUUAUUAUAAGAAGAAUGAGGAGGAGAAGGAAGAAGAGGAAGAGCAGAAGGGUAAUGAAAAUUAUUAUUAUAUAUAUGAGAAGCUUCUUUAUUAUAUUGUAAUUGCUUGAAUCUGCUGAUGAGUGUACAGUAAUGAUGGGUUUGUUUUUUUCUA